AUGCGCAGCAAGGACAGAAUCUCCUAUUUCUACGACGGGGAUGUGGGAAAUGUGUACUUCGGUGCAAACCACCCAAUGAAACCCCACCGGUUGUGUAUGACGCACCACUUGGUCCUCUCGUAUAAUCUCCAUGAUAAGAUGGAAAUUUAUAGACCUCACCGAGCAUAUCCCGUGGAGCUAGCUCAGUUUCAUUCUCCGGACUAUGUGGAGUUUCUGCAGCGAAUCACACCCAGCACGCAGCAAUUAUUCGCAACUGAUAUGGCCAAAUAUAGCCUUGGAGGUGAUUGUCCAGUCUUUGAGAACCUGUUCGAGUUUUGUCAAAUUUAUGCUGGUGGUACAAUAGAUGCUGCACGAAGAUUGAACAAUAAACUGUGCGAUAUUGCGAUAAAUUGGGCUGGUGGAUUGCAUCAUGCGAAGAAGUGUGAGGCAUCUGGAUUCUGUUACAUUAAUGACCUAGUUUUGGGGAUUCUGGAGCUUUUGAAGUAUCAUGCGCGUGUGCUUUAUAUUGAUAUUGAUGUGCAUCAUGGUGAUGGGGUAGAGGAGGCCUUUUAUUUCACAGAUAGGGUGAUGACUGUUAGUUUUCACAAGUACGGGGACUUUUUCUUUCCUGGAACAGGUGAUGUCAAGGAUGUUGGAGAAAGAGAUGGCAAAUUUUACGCCAUCAACGUCCCUCUUAAGGAUGGAAUUGAUGAUGGCAGCUUUUUGCGUCUCUUCAAAACGAUUAUUAUGAAAGUUAUGGAGUGCUAUGUACCCGGAGCUAUUGUUCUACAAUGUGGAGCAGAUUCACUUGCUGGGGAUCGGUUGGGAAAAUUUAACUUGUCCAUUGAGGGGCAUGCAGCUUGUGUCAGGUUUGUUAAGCAACUCAAUUUGCCUUUGCUGGUAACUGGAGGUGGGGGAUACACUAAAGAGAACGUUGCUAGGUGUUGGACUGUGGAGACAGGAGCUCUUCUUGAUGUGGAGCUACCUAAUGAGAUCCCAGAAAAUGAUUACAUCAAAUAUUUUGCUCCAGAUUACACCUUGAAACGUCCAGGUGGACACAUGGAGAAUUUGAAUAGCAAAUCGUAUCUGAACACAAUCAGACAGCAAGUGUGUGAAAACCUUAGUGCAAUACAACAUGCCCCUGGUGUACAGAUGCAUGAGGUGCCCCCUGAUUUUUAUAUACCUGAUUUUGAUGAAGACGAACAGAAUCCAGAUGAACGAGUAACUAGACACAUGCAAGACAAACAUAUUCAGCGUGAUGAUGAAUAUUAUGAUGGUGAUAACGACAAUGACCACAAUAUGGAUGAUGCAUGA